AAAAUUAAAGAUGAAUUAAACAAAUUAAAUAUAUAAAUACAAUAGCCAUGGUCCUCGUAACAAUUGCAAAGUUUGCUCUGGUCGCUGGUACUGUAUACUUAACCAAAGAGUUGGGUGUCUGGGAUAGUCCGCGAAAUGCAACAAACGAGAAGGGGAAGGGCGAGAUAAAGCAAUUACCCAAUAUACACGAAGCUAACAAGCGAAAAGAUAAGUCAAAUAUACUGUUCGACGACGACGAUAAAAAAGACCUCCAACGCAAAAUGGAUGAAUACAAGAAAAAAUACUGUCACAAAGGUGGCAUUUGUGAACCGCCGCCGCCAAAGCCAUGGACUGAAAGUGUGGCAGAUGCGUGGGCUGAUACAAUAAAGGCGCUGAAAAAGUUGCCUGGCUACUGGAGUCAGGCCUUUAAAGAUAUUGGCGAAAGCAUUUGUGAUUUCUUUAGUUCCUCGAAAGAUAAGUAGGCCAUGGA